AUGUCGACCUCCGUGGAAGCCCCAAAGCAAUUUAAGCAACCUUCCCGUAAGGGUAAGAAGGCGUGGCGCAAGAAUGUCGACAUUACCGCGGUGCAGGAGGGUUUGCGAGAUCUGAAGGACGCCGAGAUCACAGGUGGUCUUAUCUCUGAAAAGCCUUCCGAUCAACUUUUCGUUCUCGAUGCUGUCGGCAAUGAAGAAGUACGCAAGUCUAUCGCCAAAAAGCAGAAGAAGCCCCUCAAGUCAGACGAGAUCCUUGCCCAGCGGUCAAUGAUCCCCGCCCUAGAUGGCCGGAAGCGUGUCAACCCGAACGUCACCGACGGAGUCAUUGAGCCGAAGACGAAGAAGCCCAAGAGUGACUGGGUUAGCAAAAAGGAAUAUCUCCGCCUGAAGCAAGUAGCGAAGGAGGGAAACCCUAUGGGCAAGAAGACCGACAAUGAGUUCUAUGAUCCGUGGGCAGAAGAUACCGAACCCACGCUCACGUACGACGAUCCCCGCUUUGAUUUCCUGCAGAAGCCCAAGCCCAAAGUUGAGCCGACCACAUUAAAACACGCCCCGAUUUCGCUUGCUGCCAAUGGAAAGCCCGUUCCCUCUGUUAGGAUGCCUCACGCCGGAACCAGUUACAAUCCUGUGUUCGAAGAGUGGGACAAAUUAUUGGAGACCCACGGUGCCAAGGCGGUUGAGGCCGAGAAGCUGCGAUUGGAGGAAGAGGCCAAGGAAGCCGAGAAGCAGCGUUUGAUCGAGGAAGCCAAGAACGACAACGGCGAGGUGAAGUCGGAUGACGAGAGUGCCUGGGAGGGCUUUGAAAGCGAGUACGAGAAGCCUGAGUGGCUGAACAAGAAGCGCCCUGAGCGUAAAUCCAAGACGCAGCGUAACAAGGUCAUCCGACGCAAGGCAGCAGAAGGGAAAGCGAAGUGGGAGGCUCAGAGGGUAAAGAGAGAUGCACAGGCUGAGCAUAUUCUCAAAAUCGCCGAGCAAAUCAAACAACGGGAGCUUGAGCGUGAGAACCAGUCAGAUGCGGAUGAGUCUGAUGAUGAUGAUGUUGAGAUUGCUCUCCGCAAGAAGACUUUCGGUGGCAAGAGACCUGUACCUGCGCAGCCGUUGGAGCUGGUUCUUCCUGACGAGCUGCAGGAUUCUUUACGACUCCUGAAGCCGGAAGGUAAUCUCUUGGAUGAUCGAUUCCGAACAUUGAUCGUUCAGGGUAAGCUCGAGUCCCGCACACCAAUUACCCAGGCACGCAAGGCCAGAAGACAGAUUACAGAGAAGUGGUCGGCGAAGGAUUUCAAGACUGGAUACGAGUAA